AUGGACCGAGGCAAAACGGGAAACGCAAAUGGGAGGUCGCCGCCCUUCGGCAACCGUUACACAGAUGUCAGAUUCGGCAAAAGUUUCAGUGAUAGUCACUUGAUCGUUCUCCCGGGUGCGUAUUGUUCACAUGCCGCAUGCUAUCACUUCAUCGAUUAUUUAGUUGAUAACGAUCAAGUUUUAUUUUUUUAAUGUUAUUCAAGGUGCAACCGUUUUUUGCUGCACAAAUUAUCAGAGUCAAGCCUUAUUACGAAAAAAACAAUAAAAAUGAUUAAUUUGCAGAUAAAUUUUUUUGCCGUACAUGUUUUUUUGAGAGAAGGUUGGAAAAAAAUCUUGAAGUGAGUUCCAGCUUGCGAAAAAAAUGGCUCUCGUUCAUCAGAAUUUUGCCUUGGUGGACGUCGGUCCCAAAUUUCGAAGAAGAACAGAAAAAAAUAAACUAAUCUUUUUCACGCUUUUAAUUUCAAUCAUAUCAAAUUGGAAACAUGUGACUCAAGUAAAGUAACGAAAAAGCUCAUAUAAAUUUCUCCAAAAGAUGUUGACAUUCCAAAACAAGAAAAUUCAGCUCAUCAGAGCAUUUAUAGCUAGCAUGUUCUUCGGAAUAAGUUUUCAAUAACUUUUGAACGCGAGAUGUGAGAAAAGUAUGUAAACCAUAAAGUAAUCGAUGAAGGAAUCAAGAGGCCAAUUGAAGAAAAAACUAUCAGCCGAUUAGGGUGAAAAAGUUUCGGUGAAGGAAGAGACGGUUGUCCUGUCAAAACAGGAUCUCGACACGUCUCAUGCACGUGAAUCGGGUCCGCAGACUUUGAUAGGAAGAUGUUUUUGUCUCUUUUAGAUGGCCAUUUCAUCGCCAAAAUAUUUUUGCUCUGUCGAUUUCUGCAAACGUCUGGAAACCGGGGAUCUUUGCCUAAAAAAAGACCUCAUGUUGCCCCUUACAAGUUGAUAAACUGGAUUUUUCAUGCAGGGACAACAAGAACAAAUUACUUGCAAUGUCGGAAAGAGAGUUUGAUUUUCUGUACUCGUCUCAUUUUCCCAACAAAAAUGAUCUAAACAGGAAAACUAGGCUUAAUUUUUUUUUUCGGCGUCUCUGGAUAAUUAAAAGUUUUCAGAAAAAAGUUUUUUUUUCAUGUUUGUCUUUUUUAAUUCAACUUUUUCAGUAGGUUACAAAGAUGAAUCUCCAUUUUUGCGGUGGGUCUUUCAGUAAUUUAUAUGGUCACUGGAAUAGUGUACACGCCAGAUUCCAAGAUUACUUGUCUAGUAGCUGCAGCUUAUUUGGAGCCCUUGAAUUAUUAAACACCAGGUCUUUUCACUUUACCGUUGGGAACUCUUUCGAAAUAGGUCUGAAAUUUUUAAUCGUACCAGAUAAAAUCUGUAAAAGUCAACUAAGAAAAAAAUAUGUGGUUUUAGAAGAAAAAACGUCAAAGUUGUCGAAUGGCCUACUUAUUCUUUCUACAUCGGUACUUCAGUCUUUGCAAGGCAUUCUCAUAAACAUACAGAACCUAUGUAGAUUGAGACCUUUAUUAUCUUCACAGGCCCGUGGAAAAGCAUUUUUACCGAAUUUCGGAGCAUUCAUCCAGAAAAACGAAAUUAGUAAAAUUUCUACCCACUUUUUUUCUGCACAGAUAACGCGUGCUUUUAUAAUCAAAAUAAUUUUCGUUUUUUCCUGUAUUUUCCAUGCUCACAGGGAAAACCGACAAAAGAGAAUCGACUUGUUGCUCAAGAUAUCUGACGUGGCAUGUGAUCAAAUCCAGUCGUGUUAAUAAUCCAUCGUGUUGCGCUAAAAGAAAAGAAAGCGUUUCGUUCGGGUAUUUGUGGCAAUUGCGCUGUAAUGUAAACAAUGAACAAGUCGCGGGUCGAAGUUGCGCGUUGCCUCAAGUGGAAAAGGCUUCCCCGCUGCCGUAACUCUCGAGGCGCCAUCACGCAAAUCUUUUGCCACCCACCGCUCAUCUCGCCUUGUCCUUGGUUUCCGAGCUGCGCACACGAGAAAAUGUCCAAGUACUUCUCAAACAAUAAAUAAUAACCCGCUUGUUUCAAUUUACAGAGAGCAUGUUGCAGUUGAAAAUGGAUAAAGACUUGAUAAGAAACACGAAAAAUGGGUUUUGAGAAGGAAGAAUACGUAUGUGGAAGUGCCAUGGGAAAUCGAGUUUUUGGACUUCCGCCACCAGUUGAAAAAUCAACAAAAAUGCCAAAGCUCUAAAUCAAGAGAAUCUAUCAUAAAGGCAAACAAAGGCGCAUGGAUUUGGUUUCGAAAAUGGAUGUAUUUCUUCAAAUAUAUAGAAAUUGACUAAAAUAUUUAAAUUAGAAUUCAGCCCGAAGUUGCUUCUUAAACCAAUUCAUUUUUUUCUGAUAGGGUAAUUUACAGAUUAAAAAUGAAAGGAAGAUUUUUAAGAUCUAAUACAAAAUUCUCAGCGUAGAUCAGUGAGUUCAACUACUAUUCAACAUAAUAACGUUCCUACACACAUUUAAAAAAAGUCUCUGGUUUUUGAAGCAGAUUUUUUGAUUUCUUCGUGUUUUCCAACGAGUUUAGAAGCUCAAAGCAUUGAAAAAAACAGAAAUUGUUUUUACUGGCAGAAGUAAGUCAAAGUUGAUCUUAUAAGUUUUACCUUGAUAACGAAUUAUAAGAUCAUAAAUUUCUGUUGAUAUCUUCACCAAAGGCUUCGAAGAACUAAAAUUUUCAAUUUUUGUGAUGACUCGAAAUGAGUCGCUGGUUAUCAAUGAUCGGUCUAAAAUCUAUUUUUUUUCCUCAUCCUUGUCCGUUGCCGCCAAACUUCUUUCUUUGUUUCUCAGCCAUCAUGGACGGUUUCAGGUGAGCUGUCGUGUUCGGCGGCUCGGUUUUUUUGCGCCUCUUCAGCGCGGCUCCGCUUAUUUUCUCUCUAUGCAAUCUCUUGGCGUGGUAGAUCCCACUCACGCCCCCAAGCACACGCCUCUACCGACAGAUCGGCGGUAUCCACAACCGUCACUCACUGCACUUGCGUCCUCAAUCUACAGUCGCCAUGGGAGAAGAAGUAAGUGCUCCGCUUGCUCAGUUAUCCGCCUCCCUAUUCUUCGAAAAUUUUCUAAGAUUUUUUAUUGUCGUUUUUUUUCUUACUGUGACUUUUCUUUCCUUUUAUUGCCGUACUUGUUAGACGCUAUUCUACAAUGAAGAGCUUGAAUAAUUUUUCCCUCUGUGUCAAAGUGAAAUCUAUUCCAUCAAUUGAAGCAAACCAACAAAAUUUUAUUUUUGUUUUAUAAUCAUUCUGCUUGAGAAUCGAAUCGGAUAUUCAAAAUGAGAGUAGCUGACUUUCUUCAUGACAAUGAUAUUUUCAAUGCAAACAUUAUUCUCCAAGCUCCAAGUGUUCAUAAUUGUGCAUCAGGACUGGUCAUCCGAAGCGCCUCAGCAACAGCGCAAAAGAUGGACGCUGGAGCAGCUCAAGGGUGGAAACACCUUCCUGUCGAUGCAGGCAGCCACCAACAAGUUCGAUUCCCAGAAAGGAAUGACAGCUCCUGGCAUGCCUCGCUGGAACAUCACCAAAGACAAGAAGGAGGGGUACUAUCAACUUUUUCGGAAAGUCGAAGAUAUUUUUUGAUUUGAAGUUACAUUGCGCCGGACCGCAAGUCGGAGAACGUGCUCCGUGUGCAGUGCGGUACCAACCAAUACGCUUCGCAGAAGGGCGAAACUCCCAUCGGAGCUAACCGAUUCCAGGUGCUUUCCUUAAUUCAAAGCUAACGUUGAAAACAAAAAACAGGUCCCGAAAAUUGCUUACAAGAAGGAAUGGGAGACCAUAUUGGACAAGGAAGGUGAGAAAAUUAUCCCGAAGCAAGCUGGUGACUACGGCCUAGCUUCGCAAGCUGGAGAGGUAUUAAUAUGAAAGCGCCAAGGACCGUUUUUGAAUUGACUUUUGAGGUGAGCAUGGGAGCUCACAGAAACCAGGUCGCCAUGAUUCGUGGUCGCCUUCCUCAUGACCGAAGAACUCACGGUGUUCUCUGCUUCCAAAACGGUUUGAACUACUGUGCAGAUUUUCGAUCCGUUUUAUAAACUUCAGGAACUAACUUGUUCGCUUCGCAAACUGGAAUGUCUGCUCCUCCAGGUCUUGGAGCCGUCCGUCAGGCCACGCAGAAGAUCGAAGGACUGGAGCUCAGCGAAGACCUUAUGCGACGAGGAACCGAAUUCACUCCAUGGUAUUCCGGCCAAAACAAGUUCGCCACUCAGGCUGGAACUGGAGGUUUCCUUAAGGUCCGCGACGUCCUACCUCACACCAAGGUAAAUCGAGACAAAAUGGAACUGUUCUAAACUAUAAAUAAACUAGGGAGGCAAAGAUAUCGAGGAAGGUCUGAAACAGAAAUCCGAAGGAAUCGUCCCUCUUCAAUCCGGAACAAACAAACUCGCUUCUCAGGUAAAUAGAGCUUUGAGCAGGUAAUGUCAAAGACCAACUCUUUCAGAGAGGAAUGACUGGCUUCGGAACGCCAAGAAACACUAUCCAAAGAAGCGGAUGGAAGAAAGAAUGGUUUGACCAUGGCAAAAAGUUUAGGGCUCAGAAUAAAUUGUUUCUAGGGUGGAAGACUACGAAGCCGCACUCAAAGAAUGGGAGGAGACGAAGCCGCCAGGCAGCGCUUCUUCCGUCGAUCCUUUCGGUCACUACAAGAAGAAGUUCGAAGAGCGCGAGUCGUCCCGUCAGUCUGAGAUCGACUCUCAGUCGGUGAAGGCUGCGGAUCCAGAACCGGAAGAAGAAGAAGAGACCAAGGUUCAAAAUCAUUUUCAUUUCAUGAAGGUGUCAUGAUCCAUUCAGGAGGAAGAGGAAGAAGAAGAAGUGCAAGAGCCAGCUGCUGAAGAGGAACAAGCCGAAGAAGCCGAGGAGGAAGAGGAAGAGGAAGAAGAGGAAGACGAGGAGGAGGAAGAGGAAGAGGACGAGGUUUUUUGAAUGUCACCAAAACUUGGAAACAUCCUGAAAUUUGACAGUGA